AUGGCCGAACCCUCCCCUUCCAUAGUAUUAACAAAAGUCCCCAUCCCAAUGCCCCUUGAUCUUUCCUCCGAUAUCUUCACGCCAAGUCGGUCUGUAGACGUCAUCUCGUCUCUUCUCACCCCGGCAGAAUGCACAGACCUUAUCACGGCGCACGACCAUGAAUCGGACAUGCACACCAUAAGCGGCACGUACACGUCCCGUCUGCGCAAAAUAAUCGAAGACGACGAUCUGGCGGAGCUUCUCUGGUCGCGCCUUUCGAGGAUCUACCAGGACUCCGAGGUGGAGGAUGAAGAGGGACAGGUGUGGUCCGCAGUGGGGUUGAAUACCUGUUUUAGGCUUUGUAAAUAUAAGGCAGGCGACGGAUUCGGCGCCCACAUCGACGGCCGCCGCCUCGCAACAGUCGAUACUCAGUCCUUCUUGACUGUCAAUAUUUAUUUGAACACUGUCCCGACAGAGUGCGGCGGAGCAACCCGCUUCAUCAGUGACCCAACAGCAACAGGCUCCUCUGACGCCGCGGCGAGCACAGUGCUCUGCCAGAAUCAGCCUGUUCAAGGCUCUGCAGCGAUUUUCCGCGAUGACGUCUACCACGACGGUGAGGUUCUUCUGUCUGGGGUGAAGUUCCUGCUGAGAACGGACAUGAUGUUUCAGCGCGCGCGGCCGUUUAUUUUUGGGGAAAGAUAUCCUUCGCAGAAAUUUGGGGCCAAGGAACGAGCGUUGAAGGCCUUGGAUCUCGCCCAGCGACUGGAAGAUGCGGGCAACAGGGAGGAGGCAAUCCGGUGGUAUAAACUUGCUUUUCGCCUAGACGGCGAGUUGGAGAGGCAUUCGUAG